CACAACACUCAUUUUGGCAUCGGGAGCCUCCUUCACCCACCACCCGGUCUGGCGGCCAUCGGCGCGCAGCUGCAGCAGCGGGCGGCGAUACAUCGGGAUCAAGCAUCAGGGCCGCCGCCCUGAUAGGCGGCGUGCUUCGGCCCGAUCCCGCCUGACAAGAGGCAAACCUGGUUUGGCUUGCUCUCACCCCCUCAGGCAUAUGACAUCGACUUUACCGGCAGCGAUUGUCUCACACCUCAUCUUCUCCAUCCCCACCCCAUUCCUUCUGAAACCGCUGCGGCUUCCUGCAACCAAGCCUCGUCGGCCAACUCAGAGGGGACAAGCGGACCUGGUGGUGCUCCUCUCCCUCUCGAUUCUCCCCCUCUCGAUUCUCUACCUCUCUAUCCUCUCGAUCCUCUCUUUCUCAAUCUCCAAUUCCAAGAUACCAUCCCCUCUCCUAAUUGGUCGGUCGAGGCGCCGCAAUUGGAUCUACGAGACGAAGCCUUCGCAAGCCUUUCUCCCAGUUCUUCGCUCGCGGGUCCUCAGUCGCAACUACCGUUUCAAUAUCCUGCGCUAGUCCAGGUUGGCUCUCGCCUGACUCUGGACAGUGCAUCGUCCAGUCCACCCUCCUCCACUGGGCUCUCUUCCUCGCCGCAGCCCGCGACACCUCAGCUUCCGUCCCGACGAACCAGGUUUCACUGUCAGCAUCCUGGCUGUCAGUACAAGUCCUACAAGCACCAAGACGUUGUCAAACACGGGGUCACGCACAACAAACCGGCCGAGGAAUACCAGUAUCAAUGCCCCAGGUGUGGAAAAAGAUUCCCUCGACGAGACAACGGUCUUCGACACACCAGAAAAUAUUGCCUACAGCUUUAGCUAGCUAGCGUCGACGCAGAGCCUUUGACCAACUGCUAUGCUAUCGCUCUAAACGUCCCCAUAUAAUUAUUCGUCACAUCAUACAGCCAUGCCUGGCGACACCAAAAUCAUCUUUACACGCUCCACUCCUUGGAUUGAUCUGCUUGAUCGGCCAGCUCUGCUUGCCCGGCUUGCCUGGUGGCGUGAUCGGCCUGAUCUGUCAACAAUACCCAUCAGCGGCAAUUACGAGCUGUCCAGCCUACCCGAAAGAGCGUCCCAAUUGCCAAUCCUUGACCUCCGCUGCCCCAUUAGACUAUGGCGGUCACCCCUUGUUCUCUGCGACCCCAUUAGCCUAUGGCGCCCACCCCCACCAUCAUCAGUGGACGGCGUCAGCCCAAUCCGAAAGUCUACCCUGCCGCGGCGGACAUACUCGUUCUUGCAACACGUCAUGGAGCCUAACGUCACCCACAUAUGGGAACUCUCGCCAGGCAUCUACUACGUCGACCCCAAUGCCUCCCCGAGUGGCACAGCACUAUCUCACCAGUCGAAGCAUGUCCUCGAAGUCUCUUUGAUAUCCGGUCUUGGACUGGUUGCAGGGAACUGGACUCAGGUCUCAGGAGUACAAGGACAGGGACGCUCAGGGGCCGACGGGACAGGCGGGGGUAUUGGUGGGAUGUACUGGACUGUCCAUACUAAGUUAUUAAAAGGAAGACAUAAGAACUAUUUUGUCUUUGUACGCUUUAUAUUUCCCAGGUCUAACAGCUAAGCUACGUGCACCUAGCUAGUAGUAGACCUGGGAAACAUAGAGCGUGUGCACCUAGCUUAGCUAGUAGACUUGGGAAGCAUAAAGCGUACAAAGACCACCUCCUGCACUCAAUGCAAUGCGCAUUACAGGA